AAUAAUAAAGGGUUGAUGAAUGAUGAGGAGGCUAGCGAUGCGAGAGUAGCAGAGUGAAACACACUCACUCACAGUCACGUCAGUGUUGCUGUGAGAGCCAUCGUCUCCUCUCGGUUCUGUUCUGUUCUGUUCGGAUUUUCUAAAUGGAAGGUUCUGGAAGCAGCGUUUCGGCGUCAUCAUCGGCAGCGAUGGCGCAACAAACAUGGGAGCUGGAAAACAACAUAAUACCCAUGGACACACCACCUUCCGGCGCCGACGACUCCAUCUUCUACUAUGACGAGUCACUCCAAGGAGAGUACCAGCGCGAAAAGCCAUGGUCCAACGACCCUCACUACUUCAAGCGCGUCAAGGUUUCCGCUCUCGCGUUACUCAAGAUGGUUGUUCACGCGCGUUCUGGCGGCACCAUCGAGGUCAUGGGUCUCAUGCAAGGCAAGAUCGACGGUGACUCUAUCAUCGUCAUGGAUGCUUUUGCUUUGCCCGUUGAGGGAACCGAAACGCGUGUCAAUGCCCAAGCUGAUGCGUAUGAGUACAGUGUUGAGUAUGAUCAGACCAACAAGCGUGCUGGGCGACUGGAAAAUGUUGUUGGGUGGUAUCACUCUCACCCUGGUUAUGGGUGCUGGCUUUCUGGUAUAGAUGUGUCGACACAGAUGCUCAAUCAGCAGUUUCAGGAGCCCUUUCUGGCUGUUGUUAUUGACCCCACUAGGACUGUUUCUGCUGGGAAAGUUGAGAUUGGGGCCUUCAGGACAUACCCUGAAGGGUAUAAGCCUCCUGAUGAUCCUAUUUCCGAGUACCAAACCAUACCCCUCAAUAAGAUUGAAGACUUUGGUGUCCAUUGUAAACAGUAUUAUUCAUUGGAUAUCACUUACUUUAAGUCUUCUCUUGAUUCACACCUCUUGGAUCUGCUAUGGAACAAAUAUUGGGUGAAUACGCUUUCUUCUUCUCCUCUAUUGGGUAAUGGGGACUAUGUUGCUGGACAAAUCUCAGAUUUAGCUGAAAAAUUAGAACAAGCAGAGACUCAAUUGGCGCAUGCACGCUUUGGACCAUUAUUAGCACCUGCUCCGAGAAAGAAAGAAUUCAUGCGACAAAUUAAGGCUUUAAGGGAAGAGUCUCCACUCGCUAAGAUUACUCGUGAUGGUGCAAAAAUUACUGUGGAGCAAGUGCAUGGACUAAUGUCACAGGUAAUCAAGGAUAUUCUAUUCAACUCUGUUCAAUCAAGUAGGUCUCGCACAGAAACAUCUGGCCCUGAGCCCAUGAUUGAAAGUUGAUUCUGCCAUUUUUCUUGGCAUGCUUUUAUGAAUUCUUUUUUAAUCUUUUUUUUUUUGGCAUGUUCAGUUUCAACCAGGACCUGAACCGUAGCAAAGCAAUAGUAACGUAAUAUACCAUUUUAUCUAAUUCUUGCACUUUAAUGGAUU